AUGAAAGAUGCAGCGAAGGUAUUCAAGGUAGAAUGUUGCCCCAAAGAGUUAGCGGCAGUUGGAAAAGAAAUUGCUAGGCAAUGUCAAGGAUUGCCUCUUGCAAUUGUUGCUGUAGCUGGUAUACUGAAGAUGACAGAAAAGAGCCGAAAUUCAUGGAAGAAAAUAGCAAACAGCUUGAGCUCCCAGGUACUCAAUGGCCCAGAAGCUCAGGGCCAGUCAGUCCCAGAACUAAGCUACCAAUACUUGCCCGAGUAUCUAAAACCAUGCUUUCUCUAUAUGGGAGUUCUUGGUAAAGACAAAGAUAUUCUUGUUAGCAAGUUGAUUCAGUUGUGGCUUGCAGAAGGGUUAAUACCAAAAACGCAGACAAAGAGCUUUGAAGAUUUGGCAGAGGAUUUUUUGAUGGAGUUGAUUGACGCAAGCUUGGUAAUAAUCUCCAAAAGAAGAUCCAAUGGCAAAGUCAAAGCAUGCCGUCUUCACUCUUUUAUGCUUGAUUUCUGUCUGUCAAAAGCCGAAGAAGCAAACUUCUUUCAGUUAGUAACCAGGUGUGAUAAGCCAUAUGCUUGGUUUCCCAGUUCAGAUUAUAGUUUUGAAUUUGAUUUUUACCAUUUGCCUCCUGUUUCAUUUGCAUCCUAUCGGUUGGCUGUAAGUCUGAAGCAAAAUCAUUUUCUUGGAUCAAGACCUUCUGGCCUGGGCACCCGUUCUUUGGUUUUUUUUGCCUCUACAGAUUCCAAAACUAGACGGCCUUACGACAUCUCAUUAAUUUUGCACAACUUUAAAUUACUUAAGGUGUUGGAUUUCGAAUGCAUGGACAUGGCUUCUUUUCCUGUCGAAAUUGGACUACUGAUUCACUUGAGAUAUUUAGCUGUUGGGGGGUAUGUGACAUCUAUUCCAAAAUCAUUAGGCAACCUCAGGAAACUGGAAACUCUUAUUGUGAAAGGAUUGAGUGGUAAGAUCAUCUUGCCAGAUACGAUUUGGAGCCUGACAAGUCUGAGGCAUCUUCAUGUGAAAAUCCAUGUUGCUUUCAACUUGGAUGAUGCAGUGUCUGAAAACUGCUCUGUUUUAGAAAAUUUGGUCAGUUUUUCCUGCCUGUCUCUUUCUUGUGGUGAAGAUGCAGAAAGGAUGCUGAAGAGGUUUCCAAAUCUUUGCAAACUGAGUGGCAUAUUCUAUGAAUCACCAGAUUCUUCCACGAACUGCAAUCAGUUUCCGAGAUUGAAAUGUCUAACUCAUUUGGAGUCACUCAAGAUAUUCUACUAUGGAAGCCCUCUUAACAAUGGCGAGUUCAUCCUCCCUUUGAAUCUAAAGAAAUUGACUUUAUCAAACUUUCGCCUUCCAUGGAGUCAUAUCUCCACAAUUGGGAGACUACCAAACCUGGAAGUUCUCAAGUUACUUUCUGGUGCCUUUGAGGGGAUGAUAUGGGACGUGGAAGAAGAGUUUCAGAAUCUUAAGUUCUUGAGCUUAGACAAUUUGAACAUUGUUCAAUGGAAUGCCUCUUGUGAUGAUUUUCCCAAGCUUGAAAGACUUGUCUUACAAAAUUGCAGAGACCUUGGAGAAAUUCCGUCGGAUUUUGUGGAUAUACUUUCACUGCAAUUGAUUGAAGUGAAUUGGUGUGGACAAUCUGUAGAAGAAUCGGCCAUGAAUAUUAGUGAAGAAACAGGAGAGGUCAAAGUCGUUAUAAAGAGUUCAUGUUGGAGAUCAUGAUCAGCAUGAAUUGGAUAAAACCUCUUUAUACUUCCUCUGAUCACUCGUCUGUAGCUGGCAAGGCUCAAUCGAAACUUGAGAGCCCCUGUUCACCACAAGCAAGAACUUUUGGCCAAGCUUUGCCUUACAUUGGAGCUUUCCCUUUUUCAUGCUCUGUAUUGUGCUUUUGAUCUUUGGAACGAAUGUGACAAUGUGACUUAUUUUGACUGGCUUUGGAUAUUAGCUUUUUCCGCCUGCUUUUUAUCAUACAGUGGGUUGUCUAUUUUGAAUUUAUCAUACAAUGCCUGCUUGUAGAUGUGUUCUGAGAAUGUUUGUUUGAUGAAAUUGAAUUACAGUUGCCUUUCAUCAUCAA